AUGCAAGUUCUCUCUGAUUUCAUUCGGAACGAACUUUCGGAAGAUCAACUUCUUCCUAUCUUGCGCCAACUUCUUCCAUUACUUCUUACUGUCUUGUCGCCACAGUCCGCUUCGGAGCAACACCACUCUGCAUUGACGAGAGCACGAGCUGUCGGCAUCUUCAGGCAAUGUGUGACUGCACUUGACAUGGUCAGGAAAGAGUAUCCGGAGGCGACUUCAGAGGCUACCUCAUCUAUUCUGCCCCAGUGGUUAGCGGCGAUGCACGCUCUUCUCUCCACUCCACCAUCUGCCGAUGUGGCAGAUCCAAACAACUGGGACCCCAUCGCUAUUAGGAUCCAAAUUUUCCGAACACUAGAUGUCAUCUUCACAAAUUUCAAUACCAGUAUGACUCCAGAAAUGACCGAAGGUUUCUGUAACAUUGCAGUGCAAAACCUGACGGACUUGAUGCCUGCCUUCAGAACAUAUUAUAUCCUUGGAUCUCAAAAUGCCGACAAAGGUGGUGUUGAUCCACCAACACCUGUAUCAGCAGAUGACCCGGACAUCAACCUGAGUUUGAUGCACCUUGCUUGUCCCGCCAUGGACUUCUUAGGGGAAGUCGUCAGAAGAUCUACACGUGGCUCCAAGGUUGCAUCCGGAUGGGUUAAAGCCAAUCUUGGCACAGUUAUGGGUUUAGCCUUGUACUGGACGCAGAUACCAGUCGAAGACGUACGUCGUAUCUAUCUCCAACUGCUUUCUGCACUAAUAACUGUCUUUUCCCAGGAAGACCUGUGGGAAGAAGAUGCUAACGCCUUUGUACGGGACGAAAGCGAAGGAGUAGAAGCAUAUACAGCUCGCGUUGCCAGUCUAGACGUCGUCGGAGCUACGGCAGAGUGGCUUUGGAAUGCGACCCAGAGUGCUGUUAAAAAUGCAGAGCAAGCGAAACAAAAUGGCGAACCAGAUUGGUGGAGACUAUUGGAAGCGUGCCUCUGUGCCCUUAACGAUGAAGAGCUCGUGGACAUGAUGGAUCGUGCCAGGGAAAGCGGAAAACGAGCCCCAUUUGACGGAGAGACGUUGUUAACGUCAAUACUCCCCCCACUUCUGACUGAACCAGCAAGUAGUUAUGCGCGAUUGCUCCCAGCCGCAUUGAUAGGACAAUACCUCACAGCGGCGAUUGAGGCUCUUGAAUCCUCCUCCUCUGGAGUACCCUUGAAAGUCGCAGCUUUGAAAGCAGUUCGAAACUUCUGCUCUGUUCCUGAUGACACAACAAUAGCUCCGUUGGCUCCUCGUAUCGUCGGCAUUCUUGCUCCAUUCAUGUCGACUGUUACGGAGGAUUCGCUGGCUCUUGUCCUGGAGGCUCUAAGCACAGUAACGCAGGUCGAUGAUGGCAAAUGGCUCACUUCCGACCUCGCCUCUACGAUUGUAAAUAUGCUUUUGACGACGUACCAGAGAAAUGUUAAUGAGGCUCCAUCUGUAUAUCAAGCAACCGUCAUGGCCACCGUACCCGUCUUAGCUCCGACUAUUGCCAAUAAUGAUGGAUGGGUAUGCUGUUCUGCUAUGCAAAUCUUGACGGCCGUUUUCGAAGGGGCAUCAUCCGGUCAAUUGGGAGAUGGAGUGGUCGGGGUUCUAGCACCAAGCCUAUUCACAGCUCUAGGAAAAGUGGCCGAUCCCGAGGCGAUAUCCGUGAACCCUACACAAUUCUUUGGAUGGUCGGACCCAGCAGAUGGGACGAGUAGCUUGCAGAGGGUCGGACAAUAUCUGGAACGGCUCCUCAGUCCCGAAGUAGAGGAAUCUGCAGGAUUGGCAACUGGUGACCUCCUAGUCACUCUCUUCAGAAAGGCUGGAGACACCCUUGGAGCCAUGAUGCAGCCACUAUUGCUGGAGGUGAUCAAACGACUAAGUGGGGCUAAGACUGCCACAGGAUCUCAGUCUCUCAUUAUUCCCUAUGCAUACUUGAUUCAUAGAGACCCAGACAAUGUUCUGGGUCUUUUGGAGGGUAUCACUCUGGACAAUGGUCAGAAUGGAUUACAAGUCCUGUUGAGCGCGUGUCAGGUGUCGUUGACGCAGCUUUUCCUCUCCCAACGACCUAGUCUGGACGCCAUCACCGUCAGAGGCGACUUGAUCAUCACGCCCGCUACUUCAAAUGCCCCUCAUCAGUACUCUCAGAUACCCUUCAAGCUCAAGGCACUGAAAAUUAUACUCAACUACUUGCAAGCGAACGGCGACGCUCUAUUGCAUACUCUGACAGAACCCAAGGAUGAUGAAGAGUGGGAAGAUGAAGAUCGUCUCACAAGUACAACAGAGGCACUUCAAUUCGAGACAGACGAUACACCUGGCACUGGACUAGAUGAUGAAGAACUGAUGGACGAUCCCGUCAUGCAGAUUGACCUUACGGAGCACACAUUGACGUUCCUCAAGGAAUGUACGGCCAGGAACAUUAGCAAUUUCAACUCUUUGGUGGAUCAACUCAACGCAGAAGAGAUGAUCGUGGUCCGACAGGCUAUGACGUCGUCGUAA